CUAAGUUAACUUUCCCGCGCUAAGAGAGAAGCUUGGUUUGUGUCAGAGAACGUGAAGCACUCAUGAACCGGCUGUUUGUCUCACUCCUCCUUUCCCGCGCUAAGAGAGAAGCUUGGUUUGUGUAAGAACCUUGUAGUACUCAUAAACCGACUGUUUAUCUCACUCCUCCUUUCCCAAAGCCCCACCCUUAAAUCCUGCUGACUGCAAUCCAAUCGUAGCAGCUGUUGUUUGCCGCCAUAUUAUGAGACAAACCAUAGGAUACAAUGCUUCUGUAGUCGCGAAUAUCUGAAUACGUUUAAAGCUAAAGUUACCAAAUUAUCCGAAAAUAUGGUAAAACGUUGUUGUUGGGGUACUUGCGAAAGUAACACAAAAUACCCAGAGAGGCUAGACGGUGUUGUUUUUGUACCUUUUCCCAAACCCCCCAAAAAUGUGGAGAAGUGCAAGUUGUGGAUCAAACUCUGUGGCAGGCCUCACUCCCUGUUGAAUAUUUCCAGCAUCACCAGAGACACAUACGUUUGCUCUAAGCAUUUUGUUGAUGGGAAGCCAACAGCUGAGCACCCACACCCGGUGGAUGCUUCCAGUACUCACGUGGUCUCUCCUGGGUCUUUUUCAAGCGAAAGUGAAGAUUCUGAAGAUGAGGACUGGAGGCUAAAGAAACUCUCUACCUCUUCACCCUCCAAAACAAAGCCUUCUUUCUCCCCAUCAUCCUCAGCGACUAUAAAUGGCUUGCAAAGGAAAAGGCGCUUUUCUGCCAUCUCUCCAGAAAACUUUAGAGAAAGUUGGAAAAGUGAAAGUGAUAAAGAUCAGGAACCUGAACUGCCCAAAUAUAAUCCAAAACGUACACCUGGAGUGCAGGUAGAUUGUACACGAUCGUACUCUCCUCUAGAACUCUUUCAGCUGUACUUUGACAUGGAUGUUGUUGGAAAAAUUGUGCUUAAUACCAACAAAUAUGCUGUGAAGAAAAAAGAACAAGGAAGAAAACAUCAGUGGCAGCCAAUAGGCAUUGAUGACCUGUUUAAAUUCAUUGGCCUUGUAAUUUAUUUGGGUCUCUCAAAAGCCAAAAGCAUUAGAGACCACUGGUGCACCAAGUCCCUUUAUAGUCACCGGUUCCCAAGCAGAAUUAUGAGUAGGAAUCGGUUUCAAAGCAUCUCUGGCUUUCUCCACUUAAGUGACCCAGAUGAAGAUUUAAUCAAUGACCGCAAGAAGGGAACACCUGGUCAUGAUCGCCUUCAUAGGAUCAAGCCUCUGUUGCAUGACAUUCUCUUAGCAUGCCAGACAUAUUUUCAUCCUUACAAGAAUCUUUCUAUUGAUGAAAGAAUGGUGUCAUCUAGGCCUAAGAUUUUAGUCAGGAAGCAUAUGCAGGAAAAGCCUACAAAAUGUAGUUACAGAUUAUUUGUGCUUGCUGAUUCUUCAAAUGGAUACACAUGGAAUUUUCUUGUGCAUGAAGGCAAAUGCAGAUCUGUGUCAGGCAAAGGACUCGUUUAUGACUCUGUUAUGAACUUGCUUCCCCUUGACUUACUUGGCACAGGAUACCACCUCUAUGUGGACAGUUUUUACACAACCCCUGCUCUUUUCAGGGAUUUGCACAAAGCCAGUAUUGGGGCAUGCGGAGCAGUUUGCCAGACCCUUCAAGACUUUCCGAAAAACAAAGCAAAUGAUUUUUCCAGAGAUUCUAAAAGAGGAGAUGUGCGUUGGUUUCGAGACAAAGAACUUUUGUUCAUGAAAUGGAAAGACAGCAGGGAAUUGAGGAUGUGUAGUACUAUCCACAAGGCCAGUUCAGCUGACAUAGUCAAAAGAAACGUUAAAGAGAAAGAUGGCUCAUGGGUGGCAAAACACAUGCCUGUACCAACUCUUAUCAAAGAUUAUAAUAAACAUAUGGGUGGUGUCGGCUAUUCUGAUGCUUUAAUUAACACUUAUAAUUCCCUCCACAAGACAAUGAAAUGGUACAAAGCUUUUUUUUACCAUUUUGUAGACAUUGCAUGUGUCAAUAGUUUCCUUCUUCAUCAGGAAAUUGCAAAAUCAAAGGGACAAAAACCCAUGACCCACAAGAGUUUUAGGGAAGAACUAAUUGAGGCAUUGGUGAAUUAUGUAGAUGAUUCCCAAGAAUCUGAAGAUAUGAUGUCUGGAAAUGAAAGAGCACCAUGUAUGCCAGAAUUCAUCACUGCUGGAAUGGACAUUCACCCUAGCAUGAAAGCUUCAGCUGGAAGAAGGUACUGUGCAAACUGCAAGCUAGAGAAUAAACACAAUAAAACACCAAUUAUUUGCCGGGUCUGUGAUGUACCUCUGUGCCUUGUACAUGGUCGUAACUGUUUUCUUGACUGGCACAAAAAAAAGAGGGGUAGUGUGUCUAUCAAAAAGUAUACUAGAAAAUGAAAAUGAACAGAACUGACAGUAAGCAACUGAAAUGCUUUUUAUUAUUAUUUUUAUUUAUUUAUAUGUCCACUUGCUCUUCCAGUGUUUCUAAACAAGUAUUAACAUUUCCACUUAGAAGGCUUUCCACCAGAUGUUGGAACAUUGCUGUGGGGAUUCAUUCAGCCACAGGAGCAUUAACAAGAUAGUGAUGUUGGAAAAUUAGUUCGGGACCACAAAUGCUACUCAAGCUCAUCCCAGGGGUACUUUAGUGGUGCUCCAUCACUCAAGAGAACCCCUUUAGUUGAUGCAUGGCUGGAGUUGUACAGUUUGGACAUAAACCUUUCUGAUUUUGUAUUGACUUUUUUGAAGUGCAAAAAAUUUUCAUUACUUUUUACCCAGUGUAAUUCGGUGAAAAUAUUUUUUUCCAAGUUUAUUCAACAAUAAUGACAAUAUUCUACAUUUCUGAAAUGCAUUUUUCCCCAUUUGAUACUUAAACUUUUUUUUUUUUUUUGCAAUUCCACUCAUCAGUUACUGCGGUGUAUAGCUUUAGCUAAUAAGCUGCUAAACUGCUAAAUUUGUGUAAUCUAUGCAUUUUUGCCUUUUCAAUCAAAACUCUAAUGGUCCUGCAUAAAGAAACAAUGUUUUGGGAUGUAAAUGAGGUUUGGUCCAAGUUAAAAUGGAAAUUAAUUGAUCAUGUUAACCAGCCAAAAUCAGCUUUCUUUUGUACCUUUUGCAAAAUGUUCAGUAAUGUUGUAAUGUUUUUUGUUUAUUCAUAUUUCUGUUAAGACAAAUGUCCUUUUUGUAGAUGAUGUUGAGUUGUUGGUAGCUGUAGCUGCUUAGAGUGCAAUUGUGUGGUAACUCUUUUUUGCUACUUUGACUUUGGUGCCAAACCUAUUUAUAAGCAGAAUACUCUGAAUAAAGAAUGGAAUGCUCUGACUAAA